UACACCUCCAUCUUCUUCACUCCGCACUGCGAGCUACAGCCGGCCGGUGGAGGAGGUUAAACCAGACAACGUAGUGCAAGAUGCUGUCAGUCCGUGUUGCAGCCGCUCUCGCCCGGUCUCUUCCAAGGCGGGCCGGAUUUGUUUCCAAAAAUACUGUAGCUGCUGCUUGUGUAGGUGUCAAGAAUCUACACACCACUACCCCAUGGCUACAGAAGACAGGCACCGCGGAGGUAUCCUCUAUCCUGGAGGAGAAAAUCCUGGGUGCGGACACAACUGCUGACCUGCAGGAGACUGGCCGUGUGCUGUCCAUUGGAGAUGGUAUUGCCAGAGUGUAUGGGCUCAGGAAUGUGCAGGCUGAAGAGAUGGUGGAAUUCUCCUCUGGACUGAAGGGUAUGUCUCUGAACUUGGAGCCUGACAACGUUGGUGUUGUAGUGUUUGGUAAUGACAAGCUCAUCAAAGAGGGUGACAUCGUGAAGAGAACUGGAGCUAUUGUUGAUGUGCCCGUGGGGGAGGAGCUGCUUGGCCGCGUUGUUGAUGCUUUGGGAAAUGCCAUUGAUGGAAAGGGACCUCUGGGUGCAAAGAUUCGCAGGAGAGUGGGGUUGAAGGCUCCUGGUAUCAUUCCCAGGAUCUCUGUGCGGGAGCCCAUGCAGACGGGAAUCAAGGCUGUCGACAGCCUGGUGCCUAUUGGACGUGGACAGCGAGAAUUGAUCAUUGGAGACCGACAGACAGGGAAAACCGCCAUUGCCAUUGACACCAUAAUUAACCAGAAGAGGUUCAAUGAUGGGACAGAUGAGAAAAAGAAGCUGUACUGCAUCUAUGUCGCCAUUGGGCAGAAGAGAUCCACUGUUGCUCAGCUUGUCAAGAGGCUCACCGAUGCUGAUGCCAUGAAGUACACCAUUGUGGUAUCUGCCACUGCCUCCGAUGCGGCUCCCUUGCAGUACCUGGCUCCUUACUCUGGCUGCUCCAUGGGAGAGUACUUCAGAGACAACGGCAAACACGCUCUCAUCAUCUAUGAUGACUUGUCCAAGCAGGCUGUAGCCUACCGCCAGAUGUCUCUGCUGUUGCGUCGUCCCCCUGGUCGCGAGGCAUACCCCGGUGAUGUGUUCUACCUGCACUCCCGUCUGCUGGAGAGAGCAGCUAAGAUGAAUGACAACUUUGGUGGUGGCUCCCUCACUGCCCUGCCUGUCAUCGAGACUCAGGCUGGUGAUGUGUCUGCCUACAUUCCGACCAAUGUCAUUUCCAUCACUGAUGGCCAGAUCUUCCUGGAAACAGAGCUGUUCUACAAAGGUAUCCGCCCUGCCAUCAAUGUCGGUCUGUCUGUGUCCCGUGUAGGAUCUGCUGCCCAGACUAGAGCCAUGAAGCAGGUGGCAGGAACCAUGAAGCUGGAACUGGCUCAGUACCGUGAAGUGGCUGCCUUUGCCCAGUUUGGUUCAGAUUUGGAUGCUGCUACCCAGCAGCUGCUGAACCGAGGUGUCCGUCUGACCGAGCUGCUGAAGCAGGGGCAGUACUGUCCCAUGGCCAUUGAGGAGCAAGUAGCUGUUAUCUAUGCUGGUGUCAGGGGCCACCUGGACAAACUGGAGCCCAGCAAGAUCACCAAGUUUGAGAAGGUUUUCCUGCAACAUAUCCUCAGCCAGCAUCAGGAUCUGUUGGCCACAAUCAGGGCGGACGGCAAAAUCUCAGAACAGGCAGAUGCAAAAUUGAAGGAGAUUGUCCUGAAUUUCCUGUCCACCUUUGAUGCAUAAAUCCUGUUCUACUUACUGGUCGGCUGUUUUGUCAAUGUUUGCAUUGUGCUCCAGUUUAACUUUAUAUGAACUUUAACAAUUAAGAAAGCACUUCAUCAAUGUACAGAUUAUUUCUCUCGGAGAAUAAAGUGUUCCAACCCCAGGA